AUGGAGGGGGUUGAGGGGUUGAUGAAGAAUCUGAAACUGUCAUCGGAGGAGAAGAGGAGCAUCAAAAUCAGGGCGGAAUCUAGGAGCGAGGAGAAAGAUCGCCCUCCCCAGGCGGUGGCGAAGUUGUUCACGGAGAGGAGUGUUCGAUCCGAUGUCACUGAGCAGUCUGUUGGAUGGAUCUGGUGUCCCAUGAAGGGGGUUUCCUGCAGGGAUCUUAGAGAUAAUGUCUUCUUGAUCUCUUUCAACCAGGCGAUGGGGCUAAGGAAGGCGUUGGAUGAUGGGCCUUGGAUGAUAUCGAAGGAACUCCUGGUGGUAACGGAGUUUGAUGAAUUUAAAUCCCUAGAUGAGUUUGAAUUUUCCUUCAUUCUGAUUUGGUUGAGGGUGGAGCGCCUUCCUCUGGGUCUGAUGAAUCGAGCUGCGGCUAAAGAUGGCAACGGGAAGGAAAAACCCGUGUGCCCGUGGGCACUGGACCCAGUGGGCGCGGAUACGGGCGUGAACCUAUGCCCACGGGCGUGGACGCGGGUAUAG